GUGUUUUCCAAAAUGUCGGACAGAACUAAGAAAGAAAGCACCCCUCCUCCUUUGCUGCUAAUGCCAGCUGGGGGCGGGUUGACGCUUAAUCCACCUGAUCAGUCCAAUAUUUUUAUGCCUGUUGUUCAGUCAGUUCCCACUAUGAUAGAUCCCGAAGAAGAAGCUGAAGCAGACAGUUUUGUAGGACAAUCAUCAGGUCCUCAAACAAAGCCUGGGAUACCUAACUAUUUCCAGUCAACAACAAGUAGUGGACAUGACCCAUUUUCACAGAUAGGACAUGCAGCUCCGCCCCCUUCAAUAGCAUCUACAUUUUCUCCCGCAAAUGUUAUAUCUAGGAGUGCAACGCCACCUUCAUCUAAUCAAUCACCGUUAACGUCUGCGGCAACGAUAGCUACACCACCUGUUUUACCAGCUAACUCAAAUACUGGCAACAUUUACAGACAUCAGGGUGGCCGUCCUCAAUAUGCUCAACCACCAACAAGCUUCUCUCCCCUUACCCAGCCCACACCACAGCCCCCUUCUGCUAUGCUGCCUCCCAUGACAUCCCCAUCUAAUUCUUUCCCUCCUCACAAUCAUUCUAUGAACAGCCCUCCUUCUGGGCCACCCUCUGGCUAUAGUUCUCCAGCUGGGCAGGAUGCUGCUGGACAGUACACUGGAGGGUUGUACUAUCAACCUGUCAGGCACCAUUGGUGCUAUCAGCAGAAUCAGGACGGCAUGGAGAUUUGGAGACCAUUUUCUGUGGUGGACAGUACACAGCUAGAGUUGGCCUUUAACGCAUGCUUGCAAGAGUCUUCCAACCAUAUUGUAAACACAAAUGGUGGUCGCUAUGAUGUCAAUGUUGCUCAGCGAAGGCGCACACCAGUUUAUUGGGUGGGUGAACCUGUUCCAGUUAGGAGGUGCUCAUGGUUUUAUAAAAGAGAAGGAGAUAAUAGAUAUAUUCCUUAUGAUGAAGAAUUUGCUUUCAAAUUGGAGAAUGAAUAUAAAAAAGCAAUGGAGACCAAUGGCUGGCACCGCAGGCUGGAAUUUCCAGGAAAUGUUGUGAUUGUGAUGCACAAUGCUAAUGUUAUUGUUCAGUUCCCAGCUUCUUCUGCCCCUGAUGAAUGGGGAAAUGUGCAGAAUGUUUAUUCACUAACGGGAGAUCAAAUGAGACCAAGAGUGGUGAAAAGGGGUGUUGAUGAUUUUGCCACAAUUGAAUACGGAGAAAGAAAAGAAGUGGAUCAUCUUGUGUUUUUUGUUCCUGGUAUUGAGGAUAUGUCCAGCAAAAAAGGGAGCUCAGUGGAGGCAUUAGUGGAUGGUUUCCGCAGCAUAUCAUUGUCCCUUGUACAGUCCCACUUCACUCAAGCCUUUCAGUCUCAGUCAAUCAACAGGGUGGAGUUUCUCCCCAUUGUCUGGACACAGGCUUUCCAAGAUGGUGCUUCAGCCCCUAAAGACAAAAUUAGCAGUGUUACAUUACCAAGCACCUCAAAGUUGCGACACUUUAUCAACAACACCUUAGUGGACACCAUGUUUUACACAAGUCCUUUGUUUUGCCAGAAAAUCUGUGAAGCUGUGGGUAUUGAGAUGAACAGAAUGUUCCAGAUAUUUUUGGAGAGAAAUACAUCUUUUAGUGGAGAUGUAUCAGUAGCAGGACACAGUCUUGGUUCUGUAAUCUUGUUUGAUCUGCUGUUAAACCAAAGACAGCCUGGAGAUGUACUGUCAAACAGUGUAGAGCCUAAUGCCCUAACACAGUCCACUCCAAUAGAUUCAGCCCAAGAAGUGAAUGGCAAAGAGGAUUUGUCACCAAGUGAUGAGGCAGAAAGUAAUGAAGUGAUAAGCCUUGAGUCACUCCUGUCAAAGGUGGGCUUACAAGACAAGGCAGAUUUGUUUCAUGCUGAACAGAUGGAUGUUGAGUCUUUAAUUAUGUGCACUGAACAAGAUCUGAAAGACAUUGGUCUUCCUUUAGGACCUAGAAAGAAGCUUUUGGGAUAUUUGAAAGAUGAAAAAGAAAAGAAGGAUUUAAAAGAAAAAGAACAAGCUGAAAAGAAAAUUAGGGAGGAAAUUGAGAAGGCUCAAAAACUUGCCAACCUAGCAGCUGCUUCUAAUCAAUCAAAAAUUCUUGCCCAAGAUAAAGAGAUUGUGGCCAAGUACAUACAGGGGCAGAGUGGAGCGGGGCAGUUGAAAGUCUCAUACCCACAGUUGGACUUCACACCUAGUGCUCUGUUUGCUCUAGGAUCUCCUAUAGCUGUCUAUCUAUCUCUGAGGGGUGUUCAAGAUCUCGGAGAGUUCUUUCAGUUGCCAACAUGUCCAAGAGUGUAUAAUAUUUUCCAUCCUUUUGAUCCCAUGGCCUACAGACUUGAGCCUUUAAUUAGGUCCAAUACUGCUACAAUAAAGCCAGUUUUAGUACCACACUACAAGGGUAGAAAGCGAUUGCAUUUAGAAUUUAAGGAAGCUGUGACAAGGUAUGGAACGGACAUAAAACAAAAGAUAAUAGAUUCCUUCAAGAGUACAUGGAACACAAUCAAUGAUUUCGCUCGUGCACACAAAACUGAUGCAUCCAAGUCUAUGGAAAAAGAAGUUCAGUCAGAAAUGGAUCAGAUGAUGUCACACAUAGCCCAACAACAGGCUGAGGAUGAUAGAGCAUCUGUUUCAUCUAUGGCUGAAGAAGAAAUUCACAUUGGGCAACUUAAUGAAGGCCAAAGAGUUGACUAUGUUCUACAAGAAGGACCUUUAGAGAGCUUCAAUGAUUAUUUAUUUGCUCUUGCCUCUCAUUCUUGCUAUUGGGAAUCUGAGGAUACUGCUUUACUUCUGUUAAAAGAAAUUUAUUCCCCACUGGGAUUCAGACCUACAAUGCCCGGCGCAGAUGGUGGAAAAUCUCGUGAGACAUCUCUGCCACCGCGUCACACACCAACACUCCCAUCGACCAACAACUACCAGGCACCCACUAGUCUCUACCAGCCAGCACCAGCUUUUUCACCCCCGACCUCAAACAUUCAAAGCCCCCAGGCAGUGCCCUUUAUAACUCCACCCACACAAUCAAACUACGGACCAUCUCCACCCACUCAAUCAAGUUUUGGGCCACUUCCACCCACACAGUCAAAUUUUGGGCCACCUCCACCAAUGUUUGGUUCCCAGGGCAUGCCUACAUAUCCUUCUCCUGGGGUGAGAAAAUCCCCAUAUGUACCCCCAGAUUUUUCAAACCUUCCCGCUAACCAACCAGCUGCACCAUCUUUGCCACCCAUGGGCCCAGCUAUAGCAGGGGGCUAUCGUAGAGCACAAACAUGAUUGCUUUCUCCUUAAUGUUUUUAAAAUAGAAAUUAUCUCACAGCCUGACUAGAAAUAACACACCAAGCAUUCAAAAAACCAUUUAGUAGCUUGUUCAGUUAAAAAUUCUUUUGCUAAUUAGACCAACUGUGUAGGCCUACUAUAUUUUUUUUAUUGUUACUGAAAUUAAUGAUCACAAAUGUAAUAUGUUAUUAUUAAUUUACAAAUGAAGGAGCCCAUCUAUGUUGAAUAGUUAAAAGCUAUAAAUUUGUUUGGGAACACCAAACAUGCAAUAUGUUCUGUUUUAGCUUAUAUUUACAGUCAAUUAAUUGCAGGAAACUAUUUUUAUUAUUGAGCUGUAAAUGUGAAAAUAAUUCAGUUUAACAUGAUUAUAAGAAUUGCAAUAAGUUAUGAAGUUAAAGUUGGUAAAAAUGUGUGGCAUAAUGGUAUGUGGUGUGUGGUUUAAACAAACAGAAAAAAGCUCCAUAUUAAACACUUUCAGAGUAAGGUUAUAAAGAUACUUUUAUUUACAUGUAAAUACAAAACUUGUUUAAAAAUCACACUACUUUAGCAGUUCACAAAAUUUUAUUUAUGUUGGAACUCAAGUUGAGAAUUUUCACCAACUGGAUUUUUUUUUCUGUUUAUUGUAACAGUGGUGUAAUAAUAUAGAACUCUGAGAACAAUUCGUCAACUCAAAAAUGUAUAAAAAAAAUAUUUCUUGAUAGUGUGAUCAUUUUCAUUUUAUUUGUAUAUAAAUGGACAAACCCUUUUUUAAUUUUGAAAACAAACAUUUUUGUGUUUAAAUUAUUGUGUAAUAGUAACCCCUUUUAAAGAAUUAUUUUAGGCAGAAGACUCAAGAUCUAUGUAAUAAAUUUAAGUUCUAGUCAGUUAUUGUUUUUUU